AUGUUAUUACAAUCACAACAGGUCACGCCGAGGUCCAAAACCUUCAAAACUACAUUACUAGCUGCCUCAGUUGCAGUAUGCUUUCUACUCUACCAGGCGUGGAAUCACCAGGACCGGAUCGCCGAUGAAUUAGCUGAGCACCUCCGAUUACCCACGGGGUACGGCCUAGGGGAGCCGCCAGCUGUUGCAGCUGAAGACGAGACAGUACUGGCGGACGAGGGAAUUCCCAAACGGAUAUGGUACAAGCUCGGGCCGAAAGGCAAAAGCCAACAGAUUGAAGAGUGGACGCAGAGCUGCAUCAAACAAAACCCGACCUACAGAUAUGAGUUCUUCUCAGACCCGUCGGCCGAUUACUGGGUGGAAAAGACGUUCUCAGCAUCGCGCCCUGACAUCGUCGAGGCGUAUCUCAGCCUAACAGUUCCUAUCCUUAAGGCAGACCUUCUGAGAUACCUGCUGUUAUAUGUUGAGGGCGGCGUGUGGUCGGACCUGGAUGUUUCCUGCGAGGGCAUUCCCAUCGACGAAUGGAUCCCCGAAGAGCACAGGAGUGAGACGAACCUGCUGGUCGGCUGGGAAUUUGACGCAGGAUGGAACUGGGAGUACACGCAUGAGUUCGCCAGCUGGACCAUUUUGUCCAAACCUGGGGUUCCGCACAUGCUGAUGGUGAUCGACGACAUCAUCGACUCGAUCCAUCAGAGCACAGCAGAGGCAAACGUCACCAUCGCUGAGCUAACGAUGGAGAUCGUUGGGGACAUUGUCGACUACACCGGCCCAAGGAGGAUGACACGGAGCAUCCUGAAGAGCCUCGAGCGAGCUCUGGGAAAGCCCAUCGGGCGCGAGAUGAUUGAGAACAUCCGAGACCCUGUGCGCGUGCUUGACGUUACCAUUCUACCCGGGUAUGCGUUCGCCAACUUGACGAAUAAAUUCGACGAGGAAGAUGGGCCAGUUGGCCCGACUUUGGUCUCUCAUCACUAUGCAGGCACAUGGAAGAAUGAGAAUGGUGGUGAGCUGGCCAGGCGGCAGCCCAUGAGGAUAUAG